AUCAUGGCGUCUCCCAGCGGCUGCCGGCCGCAGCAAGGCGGGCAGGGCGGCGCGGCAGCGGCAGCAGCAGCAGCGCUGCGGGGCGCGGAGGAAGAGGAGGAGGACGCCGAGGGGCUGUACGUGGCGGUGGAGCGGUGCCCCCUCUGCAACACCACGCGCCGCCGCCUCACCUGCGCCAAGUGCGUCCAGAGCGGCGACUUCGUCUUCUUCGACGGCCGCGACUCCGAGAGGUUUUCCGACAAGAAAGAAAGGCUGAUGCAUCUUAAAACCAAACAGAGAGAAUUCCAAAAACAUGUUUUGAAGGCUAUGGAAGGGAAAGAGAUAACUGAUCAGCUGAGAUGGAAAAUAAUGUCUUGCAAGAUGAGGAUUGAGCAGCUGAAACAGACCAUUUGCAAAGAAAAUGAUGAAAUGACAAGACACACAGAGGGGCUUCUGAGAAUUAAAGAGGAGAACCAGAAGCAUUAUCGCAGAGCUCAGCGUCAUCAGGAGAAGAAGGAAAAGAUCCAGAGGCAUAACCGCAGGUUGGGAGACUUGGUAGAGAAAAAAACCUAUGACUUGAAAACCCAGCAUGAACAUCUGGCAAAUCUCCGCCGGACACAUAUCCUGGAGCUAACUUCAGUCAUAUUUCCCAUUGAAGAAGUAAAGACAAGCAUGAGAGAUCCUGCAGAUGUGUCUUCUGAGAGUGAUAAUGCUAUGACCUCUAGCACUGUGAGUAAGCUCGCGGAAGCCAGGAGAACCACUUAUCUCUCUGGAAGAUGGGUGUGUGAUGACCACAACGGAGACACCAGCAUUGGUAUCACAGGCCCUUGGAUAACUCUUCCUAAUAAUGGAGACUAUUCAGCAUAUUACAAUUGGGUGGAAGAGAAGAAAACUACACAAGGACCAGAUAUGGAACAUAAUAACCCUGCUUAUACCAUCAGUGCUGCAUUGUGCUAUGCAACUCAGCUCGUUAACACUUUGUCUCUCAUACUUGAUGUAAAUCUUCCGAAGAAGCUCUGUAACAGCGAGUUCUGCGGAGAGAAUCUCAGCAGACACAGGUUCACACGGGCAGUGAAGAAGCUGAAUGCUAAUAUCCUUCACCUUUGUUUCUCUCAGCAUGUAAAUUUAGAUCUGUUGCACCCACUGCACACGCUCAGGAACCUUAUGUACCUGGUCAGCCCAGACACUGAGAACUUGGGCAGGUCCGGGCCUUUUGAAAUCAGUGCUGAUCUUGAAGACUCCAUGGAGUUUGUGGAUCCCAGUGCCACUGGUGAAACGGAUGAGAGCGGAGAUGAGCACGUCAGUGAUGAAGAGACAGAUCUAGGGACAGACUGGGAGAAUCUGCCAAGCCCUAGGUUCUGCGAUAUCCCCUCGCAGCAGGUGGAGAUGCUACAGAGUCAGAGUACGCAGGUAUCUCAGCCCAUUGCCAGCAGCAGCGCUGGUGGGAUGAUCUCUUCUGCUGCUGCGUCAGUGACCUCGUGGUUUAAAGCAUACACUGGACAUCGUUAACAAGCGUGAGAAAAGGAUCAUAGGAUUUGUGGAAGGAAUCCCUCCCUGACAAUACUGUAGUAAACCUUACGUAUUCAGUUAAGUAGUGCCUGGAACAAAGAAAAGGUCAGACUUUUAAUUUUGUAAACCAGAAAAACCUUUUUAUUUACCCAAGAUGACUGUGACAGUACCAUUUUGUAAAUUAGUUAGCAACAUACUUCUGACUGAUUCUACGAUGGCACUUGGUGUCUUGGUUCUGUCUGCAUUGUUGUGCAUUGAAGAAAAAAGGACCCAGCAGCCUCCAGCUCUACCUUCUAAAGAAGAAACAGAUUUUGGAGUAUUUGGAUCAGAAUGAGUACAGGAAGAAGGCUGCUCAAUAUUCAGUCUGGACAGUGGUGCAAAUGCAGUUCACAUUUUCUCAACUCCUUACAGGGUUUUGUUUGUGUAUGUUUUAAAUCUGUCUUGCAUAAUGCAAAACUGCAUAUUUCUAAAUUUUUUUCAUUCAGGACAUGAAAAUUAUGCAUUUUUAACAUGUUUUCUAAUCUCCGUUGCCAUAUUUUUAAUACAAAGAAUCAGCAUGGACAGGAAUUCACACAGUAAAUUGCUCGUUUUAAUUUGGUUGUGGGUCUUUACCCAGUUUUGCAAUAGAAAACUGGUUUGUUUCAUGCUGUUUCCACUGAUAGGUAGUCUAGAAGUUUCAUGUUGUGCUGUCCAAAGCACACACAGGCUCUUUACUCUUAAUAUCAUACACCAAAGAAACACUGGACGUUCUCUUAGCUAGACCCACAUUUGAUGCCGAUACAGAAGGAUUGCGUUGUUGCAAUAAUAUUCGUCAGUUAGAGCACCACGUUGCCACUUUUUAUUACAAAACCUCAUUUCCAGCUAGUUUAAUGAAAUCACUUGUUCUCCACACUACAUACAUUUUAAACCCUAUUCUAUUUUAUGUUUAUGGUGGGUUUUUUUCCCUCUUGUUUACCUAAUGCCAAGAAGUUGAUUUCAUUUCACUGCAGAAAUGCUCUCAGCGCAGUUGGCUUUCUUGUAAAACUGCAGGAGGUGUGAUGCUGACAGAUGCGUUCGUUAACAAGUGCUCCUCCGCUUCCUCUGCCUUUCGGUAUGUAUUACUUAAGGACAGGUUUGCUCAGUGAGGCUUCCAAUGUGUGGUUUACAUUUUGUAGUUGGAACAUUUUACUUCUCCAUGGGGUAAACUAAUGUAAAAGCACCCUCCCAUCCCUCCAAGAUGGAAGAUUUCUGCCUCUUUUCCCUGCACGUUUUCUAGGGGCGACACAGCUUGCGGCGCGGAGCGCUGCGAGGCUGCAGCGAGUGACGCGUGAGCCGCCUCCCUGGUGUCGGCAGCGUCCUCGGGCACGUUCAGGUGCCGGCCCUGGGGCCAGCUUGCCCCGCGCCGCCUUGAACCGACGUGGGCUCCCUUCAGGGCCCAGCAGCGCUGCCUCCUGGCUCCGCCGAGGAGCGGUUGCAAAGGCGGUUUGCAUUACUAACGCCUGUGUACGCCAGGGUGCCGGUCAAAUACGGCCUCUCGCGGCCCCCCCCACCGCCGGUCUCUGUGGCAGCUCUUUCUCUUUGGCCUUGGGGAUGGAGAUUCGGUGUCAGUAGGGUUUUUUUCUUUCUUUCUUUUUUCUUUCUUUAAACCAAAGACCCUUAACUCCACACUAACAGCAUGUAUGUUGUUAGAUGAAGACAUCCUCAGUCCUACAACUGUUUUGGUCUAAAUCCAAUAGUUCAGUUUGUUUUGGGAAACAAGACAGUUAAGAGAAUAGCCAAGACUCCUCGACUACUGCAGGCUGAGCGGGGACUGCGCCCCUGCCCCCCGACCCGAGGGCUCUCCCCGGGGACGGGGACCGUAGCCUUCGGUCACCGUUCAGUUAACCGCACUUUACUUAGUUGCAGCUAUCGGAUUCUUUGCAGUUCUGAGCAACCAGUACAUACUCACGAGUACUGUAUAUUGCGCUCUUAGCAUCCUACAGCCCUUUUUGGUUCCCAUUUAUUUUGCACUGGACUCCACUAUCUAAUUUUUUUUUUCCAAGUACAUUUCAGUCGCUCUUUCAUUGCGUCUUUGUGCUACUUAAAACCCCUAGAGGCCAGGCCAUGAUUCAGUUUUGUACGCUAUCAUUUUCUUUAUAAAAAUAACAAACACUUUUUUUUAAGCCAUAUUAACUUCAUGACUAUCAUGUUUUCCGAAUAAUUUAUUUGCAACCAUGUGAUAUUCUGAAAGUGCACAAAGGCAGUGCAAGGGUGUUAAAAUGCAUCGGGAUAGGUCCUUUCAAGAAACGUUUUUGUAACAGAAUACAGUUUGUGGGUUUUUUUUUAAAAGUGUUUUUGCACAUGUGUAGCUAAAGAAAAAAAAACGUGUGUGUCCAAAACUUGAGUGCAAUUGACAGGAUUAGUUUUAUAGGUUGUUUUUUGGGGGGAGGGAGGGAGGGAAAGAACAUCCGUAAUUAUAGAUAUUUGAAGACAGCCAGCUGAGAGUUUACAAAACAAUUUGCGUAGCGUGAAUGCAGGAAUUUCAACUUAGGCCAUGACUUUUGUCUGUGACCAGUGAUCUGCUGUGGCAAAUCUGAGCUGCCAGGGGCGGGCCUGAUUUUGAGAGCCCAUCCCUGUGCUGAAAAUCAGGUGCCUUUGACGGGUCUCGGAUGGGAUAUUUAACGGUUGCUAGUCACCUGCAAAAACUCUGGGCCUCUCUGCAACUUCCGAACUAGAUGUAACUAAACACAAAUGUGGUUUUUUUCCCUAAAUUUUAUUGUAUUAUUGCAAUAAAUCUUUAACAUAAUUUUUUUUAAGUUGUAUAUUUA